AUGGCAGACUUUACUAAAAGUGGCAAGAUUCUCGUUCUUGGAGCCACAGGACCUGCGGGUAUUUGUCUACUCCGGGAACUCAUUCAUCAAAAAUAUUCCACCAUUGUUUACGCUCGAAAUCCUGCCAAGAUCUCACAAGACAUCGCAUCAAAUGCUCUUAUAACGAUCAUCAAGGGCGAGAUAAAUGACCUCGGUGGUCUUUCAACAGCCAUGACUGGGAGCUCGGCUGUCUUAUCACUUCUCGGCCCUAACAUUAGCGACAAAACAAUUCCGCAUUCACUGUUCUCCGAUUAUUACAUCAACUCGAUAUUCCCCGUCAUGCGAAAGCUUGGAGUUCGACGGAUUGUGGCGAUGGGCACUAUCUCAAUCUCUUGUCCAGAUGACCAUUGGACCAUUUUUCAGCCCAUGGUGCACAUGUUCAUGAAACUAUUUGCUCGUGCGGUAUAUCAAAACAUGCUCAACUUGGCAGACGCAUUCAAGAACGAGGCACAAGGACUAGAUUGGUCUCUGUUUCGGAUUGCCCAAAUUCCCGGCGAAUCCGAUGAGGCAAGCUGGAAGGCCGACAGGGAGGCGGAUCAAGUUUAUGCAGGUCCGCUUGGUGGGAAAGGGUGGUCUACCUCGGUGAAGAGAGCGGCACUGGCAAAGUGGAUGGUUGACAAUGUGGGCUCAGAGGAAUGGGUUACGAAGAUGCCAGCACUGAGUCGUCUGGCAAACUAG